AUGGAGAACGAGAAGGGAGAGAUUGUCGAUCUCUACGUCCCCCGCAAAUGCAGCGCAACCAACCGCAUCAUCAAAGCCAAAGACCACGCCUCAGUCCAAAUCUCCGUUGGCAAAGUCGACGAGAACGGCCGAUACACAGGCGAGAACCAGACCUAUGCCCUCUGCGGCUUUGUGCGAUCACGGGCUGAGAGCGACGAUUCGAUGAACAGACUGGCUCAGAGGGAUGGGUUCUUGAAGAGUGUCUGGAGCGGACAGCAGACGAGAUAG